UCUACAGCCACGCUUUACGUUCUGUGGGAAAGCAAGUUCUGUAUCCACAAACUGUUCAUCUGCUGUUCGUUGGUGUCGGUCUAACUGUUCUAUCAACACGGACUUCCUCUGACAACGGCUGCUUCCGCUUUCGAGCUCAGAGACGGAAAGAAUCCUCGACAGGAUGGACGGCAGCGAGACUUACCUGAAUGUGAAGUUCACCAAAAUGGACUCACGGUCAACUUCACAAGACGGUCUGAACUCCAGCUACUCAGAGCUGAAAUUUCAGAAAGAGGAACCCAGCAUUGAUGAGGACGAAGAUCCUCCCAUUUCCUCGGGACCCAGCGGUCCGUCAACCACUGCAGAAACAGCUGCGCAAGAGCAGGAGUCCAAAGUGAGAAUCGGAAAUAGACCGUACCGUCUUAUCUGCCUACUCUGUCUAGUUACAUCCGCCCUCAUCGCGACAGUGGCCGGUCUCUCGAUCCAUGUGUCACAGAUCCGUCAGUCUCAGAUCACAUCCGGCCGUAACUUCCAGCUCUUUUGGGAAGAGUAUCACGAGAUGAACAGGACCCACCGCCAAUGUCUACUACAAUUCCAUGAGUUAAACUCCACCCUAGAAUCCAAAAUAUUGGAGAAUUCGCACCUGGAUCUCUCCCAGAGAACCUGUCUCAAGAAUCUCUCUGCGCUCAACUCUAAUCUGACCGAUCUUAAACGAAUGCACAGCGAUCUCCGUCACCAGUUCUCUGAGAUGGAAACGAAGUACAGAUCUGUCAACGGAACCAAGGCUCAAAUCUGUGAAUUUUUGACCAGCAGAAGAGUAACACAGAUUCCUGAGUCUCAGAUCCCAUGCGACCGAAACUUCCAGCUCUUUUGGGAAGAGUAUCACGAGAUGAACAGGACCCAGCGCCAAUGUCGACUACAAGUUCAUGAGUUAAACUCAACCCUUGAUUCCACAAUAUCCGAGAAUUCCCUCCUGGACCUCUCCCGGAGAACCUGUCUCAGGAAUCUUUCUGAGCUCAACUCUAAUCUGUCCGAUCUUAAACGAAUCAACAGCGAUCACCGUCACCAGUUCACUGAGAUGGAAAAGAAGUACAGAUCUGUCAACGAAACCAAGACUCAAAUCUGUGAAUUGUUGACCAGCAGAAAAGGAGAGCUCACGUGUCCUCAGAACUGGAUCGGAAACGGAGAUCGGUGUUAUUUCAUAUCAUCCUUGGAGAAACCUUAUGAUGGAGCGAGGGAACAUUGUUCAAACUUUGAUGCAAGGCUCCUGGAAAUAAAUUCAAACGAGGAAGAGGAAUUUGUUUCCAUCUCUGUCGGAGAAGAAUCCGGAACUUACUGGAUUGGAAAAUGUGGUGACGGAAGGAAUUACAACGGCAGGAGUUUGAGGAAAUGUGGCCUGUCAUUUAAAACUCGCGGGUUCUCCGGAUUUACAGCGGAGAGCAUUCUGGUUUGUCGCAUCGCCGCCUGGUGUGGAGGCUGCAACGCACAGGGUCGCCAGAGGCUGCAGAGGUUUCUAGACUCAGCGAAAUCCAUCACAGGCAAAAUCCUCCCCACUAACGAGGACAUGUUCAAAAGGGACCGCAUCCAUUACUAAGGACACUCACCACCCGGGAAAUGCCCUGCUAUCAUUUGUACCAUCGUGGAGGAUGUACAGGAGUCUGACGACCCGUACUCAACAAUGUGAAACAAGUUACUUUCCAUCCACCAUCAGAUUAGUAAACGCUUCCUGAAUCCAUCAGCACCCUAGAUAUCCCUUAUUUGUUGUAUUUACUAAUUGUUGGAACUUACAUUAAAUUUACAUCUUUACGCAGUACUGAUCAUGGAAAUGAUCAACUCUCGGGUGGUAUAAGUCACAGACAAUAAAUCAGAUGGUGAUUCCAGUUGCAAACACGCGAUACAGAUGGACAGGACACGUGGCACGCUGGUCUUCACUGAGCACAGGAGUCGGGGGGUCAGAUUGCAGUUGUACAAGACAUCGGUGAACCCACACUUAGUACUGUGUUCGUUCUGGUCGCCCUGCUGUAGGAAAGAUGAGCUGGAAAGAGUGCAGAGGGAGAUUUACGAGGAUGUUGCUGGGAUUCGAGUGGCUGACUUGUGGAGACCGGUCUGGCGUGAGGAGUUUAUUCUUUGGGGAGCACGUGCACCAUUAUAGAGGUGUAUAACACCCCGAAGGGCAUAAAUAGAGUGAAUGCGCACAAUCGUGUAUCCCAGGAUGGGUAAUCAGUGGACCAGAGUGCAGAGGAGUGAGGUAAGAUUGGCUGGAGAGGAGGGACAGAGAUAAAAGAGAAGGAGGUGUGGAGAACAGUGCGGGGGAGGGAAGAGUGGGAGAGGUGGCGCGAAGGAAGGAGAUUGAUAGUGAAAGGGGAAUGUAGGUGAAUGUGGGGGGAAGAGAAUGAAUACAGUGGAGGAGAAUGGUUGGGUAAGGGACAGAGUGUCUGAAGCGGGAAUAUGAGGAUGAAGUGGAUAAGAGUGAGGAAGAUAGACGAGUGAGCAAAACGGAUUGUAAUGUGAUUCAAGUUGGCCCUAGGGACUGUUGACAGAGAUCCUGGAUCUUUUCAGGAAUAUCCGUGCACAAAUGUGCAGACUUUUCGCAGACGAAAAGGUGUUGACCGUUGCAAGGGAAUCUCCAUUCGUACGA